CUCUUCUCCACACCCUCCGUGCUUCUCCUUCAAGUAUCUCUCUCUCUCUCUCUCUCUCUCUGAGAAUCCAAACUCAAAUCCGAAACUUCCAAGACCCGAUUUCGAUCCAAAAUGGGUAUUUGCAGCUCUUCCGGGUCGACCCAAGUGGCCACGGCCAAGCUGAUCCUACAAGACGGGAAAUUACAAGAAUACCCGUACCCAGUAAAGGUUUCCUACGUGCUUCAAAAGAACCCGGCCUCCUUUAUAUGCAACUCGGACGAGAUGGACUUCGACGACAUCGUUCAGGCCGUUAAUGAGAACGAGGAGCUCCAACCGGGCCAGCUCUACUUCGCUUUGCCACUCAGCUGGCUCAAGCAUCCAUUGCAGGCGGAGGAGAUGGCCGCAUUGGCCGUCAAAGCCAGCUCCGCGCUUAUGAAGAGUGGGGGUGAGAAAUGCGGCUGUCGCCGCAAUUCGGUGUCGCAGGUGAUGAUAUCCGGCCAGGAGGUCAAGGAUCGCCGGCGAGUGGUCCCCGCCGGUGGUGCGUCGAGGACGGGGAGGGGUAGUGGAGGAAACAGACGGUGUGCGGCGUUGUUGAGUGCGAUUCCGGAGUAGGGGUAGUUUGGGAAUUUGAACAAAGGUUAUUUGUGUAAAUACAUUGUAAUGAUCUGUGAUUAGCGGGUCGGUAGAUUUACUGGAUGGUAUUUUUGUUUUGAGAGCUUUAUUUGUUCUGUCAGCCAUUUGGGGGUCGUGUUACAAUUUUACCCCUGACCGGUUUGAGAAAAAUGAAAAAAAAAGGCAAAAAAACAACCAUACAGACAAAA